AUGUUCACCGCCACCGGCAUUCUUGCCUUCACCGGCAUCUUGGCCACUGUCGCCAUGAGCGCCCCCAUCGUUGAUGGAAACGUCGGCAUUCAUCUCCCUGGUGGCCCUCGCAAGGGUCCCUGUGGAUUGGAGUGCAAUGGGAUUCAGCCCACCAGCGGUCCCGUCGUCGCUCCCAUCAUGAAUCCUUACCGCGGUCCUGAGGCCCCUCCGGACUCUGCCACGACUGGUCUGGUGAUCCCCGUUCUCACCACUAUCAUUCCCGAGCACACUCCUGGCCAUGCCAUCAUCGUCUUUGAUACCACCGACUUCAUGGUUACUCCUACCCAAGAUUCCUCUUCGACUGGCUCGGCGAUUCCUGUCAAGACCACCAUCACUUCUGAGAGUGUCUGGGUUCGGAAGCCUAGAAACGACACCUGGUGGCCUACUCCAGGACCUCGCAUUUCCUGGCAUCCCACCCCGAGUUUCACCGCUCCUGAUCUUACCACAAUUACCCCCACCCCUCAACCUUAUCCUACUGACGACUUGGUCAUUCCUGUCCUGAUUACACUCACCAACCCGAGCUCCUGGCCCCAGGACCCUGAAGUGACCCCUACUCCCCAGCCUUCUCCUUCCGAGGAAUUGGUCACUCCGGUUCUCAUCACACUCACCAACCCAAGCUUCUGGCCGAAAGACCCUGAAGUGACCCCUACUCCUCAGCCUUUCCCUACUGAGGAAUUGGUCACUCCGGUUCUCAUCACGCUCACCAACCCGAGUUUCUGGCCUCAGGAUUCUGAAGUCACACCGCAGCCUACCCUGAAGCCCAGCUUCACCACUGUGGUUGUGCGCAGCGAGUCUGUUCUCUCCUCUGACAUUGGAGGAGUUACCGAGUCGGGCUACAAUGGCAUCGGCCUCAAGCCUCUUGAGACGAUCGUUCGUCGCGGCUAG